AUGUGUCAAAAAUGUGGUUGUUCAUGGAAAAAACAUCAACAUAUAACUUAUGAAUAUGUAACAAAAUUAACUCGUCUUAAUGAAUCAUCUUCAUUAAGUGAUAUUAAUCAAAGACUUAGUGAUUUACGUUUUGAAAAAGCUGAAAUUGAAAAUGUUUAUAAAAAACUUGCAAAAUUCCUUCAUGCAAAUUCAAUUCUUCCAUUAAAUGACGAUAUUCUAGAAUAUCUUAAACAUUUUAUACAAGAAGAGCAAAUGAAAAGAAAUUCCGGAGACCAAAAUAAUGAUAUUAUUCAUAAUCUUGAACAAAUAAUGAAAAACUAUGAAGAGGAUAUCAAUCUCUUUAAGGAAGCAAUUAAAAAUGAUAAAGAUCCAUCAAAUCGCAAAGAUGUACUUAAACCUAAUGAAAUAUUUUCUUUAGUUGGCACUCUUUAUCGAUUACCUAUUAAUGGAAGCCAAAUUCGUGAACAAGUCAAUGGAUUAAAAUUAACUCAAGAGAAUUUAUCAACUAAACGAGAAAUUAUUGUUCGGUUACCAGCUAAAGCCAAUUCAUCGAAAGUUAUGCUUCAAUUCCAACAGAUUAUUUCAUCAAACUAA